CUUCCAAUUUGCACAGAGGCAGCGCCAUUCUACAUGCUGCGAAUGCCACCACCAAGCGCGUCCUGGCGCCGCCAAGGCGCCGCCGCAUCAAGCACAUCCCGAGUCGCAUGUCUCCUCGCCACCUGCGCGCUCGUCGCCUACAUGACGGGCCUCUUCCACAUCGCGCUGCCGCCCCUGUCCUCGACAAACGAGGCGCGCAACCUGACUCUGGACAGCGUGCCCGCCGUGUGGCAGCCCCACGAGUUCGAGUGCGUCGCGUGGCGAGCCAUGAGCGACUGCGACCCGUUGCGUGGCCAGCGGCGUCCGUCGUCCGAUCAGUCGUGCGGUGCCCCGAUCGUGUCGGGCCAGGCCGGCUACUGCGAGGUGCGCAACCGAACCAGUGGCAGCACGUACCGCGUCAUGGCCACGACGUGCCACAGCAUCGGACACGAAGUCAACUUUACCUGCAGCAUGGCGCGCGCGUUCACCGACUUUCGCCAUCGCGCGGCGGCCUACGAGCACGCGCCGGCGCCCGUGAUAUCGGGCACGGCCAGCCGCGGCCUCGUCUUCUCCAUCUACCCAGCGGUCGUGCCGAGCGUCUUUGGCAUCAUCCAGCUCCUCCGCACGUACGGCUGUCUCUUGCCCAUCGAGCUCUUUUAUCGCCCAAGCGAGAUGGACCCGCGAACCAACUAUGUGUUACAGCGGCUCGUCCAGACCGACAACGUGGUGCUGCGUGCCAUCACGGACCCGCGCGCGACCAAAUUCCGCACCAAGCCGUACGCGAUCUACCACUCGUCGUUUGACCAAGUGCUCGUGCUCGAUUGCGACAACAUCCCGCUGCGCGACCCCACGUACCUUUUCGAGUCGGCCAUUUUUCAAGCCAAAGGCGCCGUGUUUUGGCCCGACUACUGGCAGCCGUCGCACACGCUAUUCCACGUCGAUGGCGACAGUCUUCUCUGGGAGUACCUCGACAUGCCAUUUCCCAUUGGGAUGUUUGAGCAAGAGAGCGGCCAAGUGCUCAUCAACCGCGCCACAUCGCUGCCCGCGCUGCACAUGCUCAUGGCGCUCACGUUCGGCCCCAAUGACGUUAACUUGGUCGACGACCUCCAACUUGUGUAUGGCGACAAGGACCUCUUCCGCCUCGCAUUCCUGAGCACAAAGACGUCCUUUCAUUACAUCGCGUCGCUGCCCGUCAUUGCCGGCACCCAGCUGCCGUGGCGCCUCCAGUUUUGCGGCGUCGCGAUGGGCCAACGGGACAUGCACGGGGACUUGGUCUUUAUCCACCGCAACAGCGCCAAGAUCAGCGGCGACGCCUACCAAGUCCCGCUGCUCACGCACCUCCAGCGCUUUGACCAAGAUACGCACAGCGUCACCAAGUACACGGUGGCGUGGACGGGCGAGCUCGGGCCGGGUCAGCCGUGCUGGGCGCUGCCGUGGCCGCUGGCGCCGUCGAGCGUCGAGGCGCUGCCACCGACGCACCCGGUGGUGCAGGCCGAACGCAAGGUGAUUGCUUUUGCGAUUGGCGCCGGCAACCUCCUCUUGGGCGCGCGCCAAGCCCCGAUCGUCGACGCCACCGACGCCGUGGAUACCUGGACGCUAUGUCUCUUGGCGCUGGCUGUCGUCCUCUACGCAGUUUGGCAAGUCGCCGUGCGCCAGCUACAGGCCGCCGGGCAGCGUCAGCUUGUGCACGGCUGGAUGCAGCUGCUGGGCCCCAAGAAGAAGCGCAAGACGUCGUCCAUUGCCCACGAUUACGUAUAGAGGGCGAGUCGCCCGUAGUCUAAUUUAACUCGAGUUCAUUCUCCGUCCACUCCGAUCAACCGGCCGCGAUUUGCAUUGUAC